AUGGUUACACGCAAACCUAUCACCCAGGAUGAAGCCGCGAGCACAGCUGCUCCGCCGGAACUUCGUGUCGAGGGCAUGAGGCAAGAGCUGUGGUCACCCUCCGAAUCCGAGCAAGCCAGCGAGAACGCCUGGGCCAACGAGAGCCACCAGAACAGGCCCGCCACGCAACAGCAACCGGGCCCGGGCUCCAGCACGGCACAGUCGAUUCCCGCAGCCCUUCGGCCUGGAAACCCCGGCAAUUAUUCCGACUUCGAGCAGGAAGAGGAGGUCAUCUGGGGGACGCCAUCGCAGAAGACCGAUGACCCUCCCGCGGAGAACAGCAAGCAGAGUCUAUCUCAUGUCCCGACCGUUCUCCGUCCCGGCGGCGGGGUGAAACACGAGACCAACCCUUUCAAGAGAAAGCCCGCUCCGGGAAGUGUGCAAGAGGCUGUCAACGUGCCGCCGAUGCCCAGUGCCAGCCCACCACCUCCGCCCCCGCUGCCGACUGGUGCGUUCUCCGACCUUUCUAUAAACGAAUCGAGCAGAAACCCUUGGCAGCCUGCCUUGGAUGAUAAGGGCCCAUCGCCUGUUCCUCUGCCAGAUACAUCGGACCAGGCGUCGGGGAAGAAUGCGUGGUCCUCCGAACAACCGUCGAGAGAGCCAUCUCGGAAGCCAUCGCAGACGGGCCUCUCUGGCUCGCCCGCGCUGUUGUCAUUGGCAUCCGACGAAGAAGGUUCAGCGGCAUGGGAUGAGGUUCCACCGCAUAAUGCUCCCCCACCUCCCCGGCCACCACUUCCCAGUGGGCCUUCGGAUGAAGAAGCGUUUGCGGACCAGCAUGCCUGGGAUGAUGUUGGGCUUCUUGACAAGGGCAAGGCCCCGGCCACGCAGACCAUGCCCGACUUGACAGCUCCGGGGCCGAGCGACGGCUGGAAUCUGGUGGAUACAGGGCCUGCUCCGGGCCAGCUGUCGAGACAGAGCACGUGGGAGAACUUCGAAGAUGACGAUGACGACGAUGGACGAGGCGUGAAGAAGAAGGCUCCAGCCGAGCCAGCCACUCAACCGGCUGCGGACGAGCCCGAGCUGCCUCCAGCCCUGCCUCCCAGGAGAUCUUCAGACGCGGCUCCGCCUCCGCCACCACGCCGCGUGGAUACAGAUAGGACGGAGACAUAUGCGAUCAAGAAUAUUACGUGGCACGACGCCAAAUCAACCAAAAACCCGCGGACUUCGCCAAUCUUGGUACAAAACGCGAACGGUCCAUGUCCCUUGGUGGCGCUGGUCAAUGCGCUCACUUUGACCACGCCGGCAGAUGUCAACACCGCGCUCGUAGAGACACUUCGGACCAGGGAGCAAGUCAGCCUGGAGCUUCUGCUCAAUGCCGUCUUUGACGAACUCAUGUCGUCGAGGCGGACGACCAAAGACAGUGAGCUUCCGGAUGUCACCGAACUGUAUGACUUCUUGAAAGGACUCGACACGGGCAUGAACGUCAACCCUCGGUUCAUUCCUACACCGGAAACCGUCAAGGCGUUCAAGAGAACCUCAUUGACGCAUCUCCAUCCCACCGAGCGUAGCGACCUGAUCCCCGGGACGUUCGAGGACACGAAAGAAAUGAAGUUGUACGCUACCUUUGCCAUUCCUCUCAUUCAUGGGUGGAUACCCCCGCGCGACGAUGCGGUCUACGAGGCGCUCGAGAGGCGUGCUGCCUCGUAUGAAGACGUUCAAAACAUCCUCUUCCGGGAAGAAGAGCUCGAGGAAAAGUUGAGUAGUCCUACGCAGCAGGGACUUACUGAGGAAGAGCAAGAGCUCUAUCAAGACAUACUCACGAUCAAGUCGUUCCUGAGUAUAUCGGCUACUCAGCUCACGGCUUGGGGCCUAGAGGUGCUUACGAAAGCCAUACAGCCCGGCACGAUUGCAAUUCUCUUCCGCAACGACCAUUUCUCUACAUUGUAUCGCCACCCCCAGACCCUUGAGCUGUUCACACUCGUGACAGAUGCUGGAUAUGCCGGUCAUGCUGAGGUUGUCUGGGAGACGCUGUCUGAUGUCAAUGGCGAACAGUCGGAAUUCUUCUCUGGCGACUUCCGCCUAGUCGGUGGUGCCAACCAACACCAACAGGCGGAGGGGAGGGGAGGCCAGGUUCCGGGGGCUUUCCCGGGUUCAUCCAGUGGUGGGCAGGAUUGGACAGCGGUCCAGGGCGGUAGGGGACAGGAACGGCAGUCCAUGCAGCAAGAGCCGCCUCUAUCGCCCGCGCACGAGCAGGAGGACCGGGAUCUUGCGCUUGCGCUUCAACUUCAGGAAGAAGAAGAUGAGCGGCACCGCCAGGAGCAAGCUCGCAGGCAGCGAGAAAGCCAGCUCUCGGAGCAGUUUAUCGAGCAGCAGGCGACCCAGCCCACUCCAGCUAUUCGGGGUGGACGCGGCGGGUCGACAGUGCCGGGCCGUGGAGGCCGAGACGCUUCAAACGGGCAACGCCGGCGCAGCUCGGCUGGCGUGACGAUACCUGUGACCUCGACGAGCAACAACAGCAGCACCGCGAGCGUCUCCACUAGCGCGACCAGGGGCCGUGGUGGGCGGACGGGGCAAGUCGUGCGGCCGCUGGUACCGCCCCCCGGAUCGACGCGGUUGACAGUGCGGCCACCUGAGGACGGGCUCGACGACGCUCCGCCAUCGUAUGAGCAGGCGGCCUCUCAGACCGCCUAUGAGCCUCCAGCGGGCCACCCUAGCCAUCCUUCCAGCAGCCCGGACAGGCGCUCUGCCAGUAUCUCGAGCCCCAGCGCGUCGACGUCGCGGAUCAGGCCGGUGCCCAGCAACAACAGCAGCAGGCUCGGUGCGGGACCACCGCCGGCGAUGCGGCCGAGUGCGUCUCCUGUGAUGAACACGCCGACAGGCGGGAGGGACAAGGACUGCAUUGUCAUGUAG